AAGUUUUUCAACACAGGACAACAACGAGGAGAGGGCGUCAGUCUCCUCGAAAUCUCAAAUAAAACUGUGAUUUUCAUUUGUACUUUUUCGCCAACAUGCUGGGAAACGACCUUUUAGUAGUGUUUUAAAUCUAACUACAAACUCUUUCACCGGCCCACCUUUGUGGGGUUUUUUUGGAGGAGAAUCUCAGAAGAUGCUGGCAGACAGUUGGGACAGUGAGUUAUGUUGAAGUCUGCUGCGUCUGUAAACCAGGAUGAGCACUAUGGAUGGAGCUGUGGCCCCUGAGCAGAAUGGAAAGGACCGCGUUGUGCAGAUCUACCCCAGGGUGUCCCAGGACACGGCCGCCUACUGUCCCCUGCAGAUCAGCGUUGAUGACACGCCGAAGUCGGUCAUCAACAAUGCCAUCAUCACACUUGGCCUGGACUCCAGCCAAAAGUACACGCUGCUGGAGGUCAGGAGGAACAGUGAAGAAGAGAUGCUGCUUGAUGAUGGCGACUGCCCUCUGAUGCGAGUUCUGCUGUGGCCGAAAGAGGCGCAGAGAUGGCAUCCUCGGGGCCAGGGCUACCACUUCAUCCUGCAGCAGCAAGCCAUCAAUGGAGGCAACAAGGGAGGCAACGCAGACGACUGCUAUGACCUGUGCAACCUCCAAACUGUGACUGAGGAGAGUAUUCUCGAGGCUUUACGCCAGCGCUUCUACGGGUUGAAAAUCUACACCUAUGCCAGCAGGAUCCUUAUCGCCAUCAAUCCCAAUAAGUUCCUGCCUGUUUACUACAACCCCAAGUACGUCAAGAUGUACGAGAACCAGCCACUGGGCAAACUAAGCCCCCAUAUAUUUGCAAUAGCAGACGUGGCCUUUCGUACCAUGCUCAGCAGGCAGGUAAACCAGUGUAUUGUUUUAUCUGGUGAGAGUGGCUCAGGGAAGACUGAAAGCAGCAGUUAUCUCAUCCAUUGCUUGACUGCACUCAGCCAGAAGUCUUACUCUGCUGGACUGGAGCGGACCAUUCUUGGGGCAGGACCAGUGCUAGAGGCCUUUGGCAACGCGAUGACUGCAGAGAAUAACAACUCCAGUCGCUUUGGGAAGUUCAUCCAGCUCAACUAUCUGGAGAGCGGUGUCAUCAGAGGGGCUGUCAUUGAGAAGUACCUCCUUGAAAGGUGCCGCCUGGUGUCCCGAGAUAGGAGAGAGAGGAACUACCACGUGUUCUACUAUCUGCUGGUGGGAGCGUCCAAAGACGAGCGGGAGGACUUUUAUCUACUCAAGCCACAAGAUUAUCUCUACCUCAAGCAGCAGGACUUCCAUAUAGACGAUGUGGAGAAAUUCAGGCAGGCGUACAAAAGGCUCCAGCAAGCUAUGGAAAUGGUCGGCUUCCUGGCCUCCACAAAAAAACACAUAUUCUCCCUCCUCUCCGCCAUACUCCACCUGGGCAAUGUGACGAUCACAGCGUCAGACGACACUCAGAUCCUGGAGGCUGGACCUCCUGAAGUCCUGUCUACACUGACUGACCUGCUCAAGGUGAAAAAAGAGCUGCUGGUGAAGACUUUGACCAAGAAGAGAGUGGUGACCGCUAAUGCCACCAUAGACUCACCGUACACACUCGAAAUGGCCUCCAAAAUGCGGGACUCUAUGGCCAAGUCAUUAUACAGCACUCUGUUUGACUGGAUCACCCUUCAUAUCAACCAUGCACUGCUCAAUAGACGAGACAUGGAGGAUUCAGUCUCUUGUUUGUCCAUUGGUGUGUUGGACAUGUUUGGAUUUGAGAACCUCCGGACAAACAGCUUUGAGCAGCUGUGCAUCAACUACUCCAACGAGAAACUGCAGUGUUACAUCAACCAGCACAUCUUCAGGGUUCAGCAAGAAGAUUAUGUGUCAGAAGGCAUUGCUUGGCAAAACAUUGACUACAACGACGACAGUGGCUGCAUUCAACUGAUCAGUGAGAAGUCGACGGGACUCUUUGACCUGCUGGACGGUGAGAGCAACCUUCCUCAGGCCACAGAUGAAACCCUGCUGGACAAGUUCAAGCAGCAGCAUUUGGACAACCCGCUCUUUGUACCCUCGCCAAACACAGAGCCAACAUUUGCCAUCCAACACUUUGCUGGGAGUGUUGAAUAUCACAUCAAGGACUUCAGAGACAAGAACACGGAGCACAUGCGUCCAGAGGUUGUGUCCUUACUGCGGAGCAGCGAGCGUUCAUUCCUGCAUCACCUGGUCACGUCCAGUCCACAGGCUCUCUUCAGAUGGGGCGUCCUCCGAGCCACUAUUCGUAUCCUGGCAGUGUUCAAACACAUGGGACGUCGGCGGGCUCAAUUGUUGGCCGACAGACGAGGCUCCCGCAAGUCCCUCAAAGACUUCAGAAGGUACAGUGGCACGAUGAACCGAUUAUCCAGCAACAGCCUCACUCUGGACUUCUCCUUCGAUCGCUCCGAUGAACAUCCUCUUGAUGUGUUUGAAGACAUAUUCGCCAGUUAUGAACUGAAAAAGAAAAGUAGAAGCGGUCGCCAGAAGCAGCUCAUUCCGAAGAACCUAAUGGAUAUGCGCUCACUCCAACAUAUUGUUGGCCUUACUGCACAUGAUCGAACCAGCAAGUCCAUCUUCCACCCUCACUGGAGAACACCACUGCCCACUGUUGGCGCCCAGUUUCAGGCCUCGACCAGGAAGCUGAUGGAGACAAUCGAAAGAGCCGAGCCUUUCUUUAUUUUCUGUGUUCGCUCCAAUGCUGAAAAGAGGGAGCUGCACUUUGAUGAGGAACUUGUGCGACAGCAGAUCAGACACAUAGACUUGCUGCCGGUGGUUCACAUCCAGAGAUCUGGCUACAGUGCUAAAUACACGUUCACGGGAUUUGUGGACAAGUUCAGGAUGUUAUUCCCAAAAGGCGCAACUGCAACUUCUGAGCACAUAACUCAACUGUUUGAGAGGAUGAAGCUGGAUAAGUCCUCCUACCAAAUAGGAAAAACCAAGGUGUUCCUCAAGGAAAAGGAGAGGCAGCUGCUCCAGGACUCUCUGAACAAAGAAGUGAUGCGACGCAUCAUCAUACUGCAGCGCUGGUUCCGCGCUUGUCUGAUGAGACUGCACUUUCUGCAAAAGAAGGAUGCCACAGUCCUCAUACAGAGAAACUGGCGUGAAUUUUAUGAGAAGCAAAAUCAAGCAGCGUCAGUGAUCCAGACAGCUUGGAAGACUUCCCUGAAGAGGCCGAAUCGGCAACCUGAGGAUGAGGAGUCGUCUAAAAGCCGCCAUGGAAGAGACAGGUUGUCAAAGAAAGAGUUAAAGAGGCAGCAUAAAGUGGACAUGAGCCCCAACAGGACUCAGCAGGUGGACUCAGGCAGCGGCCAGAGGGACCACAGCAGGGAGAAACGAGAUGGCAGAGGAUCCCCACCUCCUCUCAACAGACCGCUCUCCUUCCCUCUGGACCCUAACGUUGGCAGUGAAGAUCGUUCUCCCAGCCCCUCGAAGAGCAGUUCUCUGCAGCGCUACAAUGACAUGGCUGGCAUCAAGGAGAAGGCCGAGAAGUGGAGGGAAAGGUACAGCGAGGGCGACCCGACAGACGACUCAAGUCCAGAAGUUUACAGACGAAGAGACAGUAGGAAAGAAGCAUUUCACUCCAGAGUGAAGUCCAUGUCUGCUGAUGAACUGUCCCGUGUCAGCUCAUCAGGCUCUGAUAGCUCACCUUCAGCCAACGAGGUCAAUGUGCGCUUCCGCAAGCAGCCCAGACGCAAGCGGCGCUUAGCCUACGCCCGCAGCGGUCUGAUGCUUAACUUUGGGGGCUCCAAGGAAAGCGAGUACUGGAGCUUCCCACUGCCCCCCAUGAGCCCCCAUAUGCCCAGCCUGAAGAGCUCGGCCAGUAGUGUGGAUGUCCGGGCCCUCAAAUCCCAGGUCAAGUUGCCGGCGGAGCCUGAUGGGUCGAGGUUCAGCCUUCCAGCCAGACGCACCGAUGACGACUUGGGACAACACGGGUCCAACCAAUCACAGCUCACAACUCCCGAAAGGAUUUGGUUCCUCAGUAGAUUCCUGAGGAAACGUGCACAGAAAUGCGUCCCAGGCAGCGACUCUUCGUCAGAACAAGCAGUCACCUUGCCCAGGUACACGACACAUCCAUACCACGUGUCAAACCAAAGCAGUGGGCGGGCCACUCGAAACCCCACCAUCCGAAUCAGCCGGGCCACACGGGCGAUCGAGUGGAACACUUCUCUGGACCGAGAGAUCACCGACCCCAAGGAGCUGCGGAACCUGGACGAGUUCCUCGGCAACCAGGUGAAUGACCUGCGGUCAAGAAUGAAAGAACUGUCGCCCACAGAGAACAUUUUCCUCACAGCCACCAUGCAGUUCAGAGAGACCAUCAAAGGGAUGUACUCUGUCGAGAAGCCCCGGAUCGCCUACAAGGAUCUGAUGAAAGGCUACCACAGCAAAGUGACCACACUGGCAGGAUUCAAAGAGAAGGCAGAGGUCUCACUGGUGGUCAACCUGUUCCAGUCUGUGCUGGACGGCUUCAUCAGAGGAGAAAUAAAACGAGUGGAGUCUGACCCAACAAAGGCUACUAAAGUUACAAAAAAGAGGAGGAAAAAGGACAAAUGUCUUGAUAAUCCUCUGGAUCACUUGUUCAGCACAUACCAGGUGAACAUCAUGCAGUCAUGUGACUUGUGUGGCUCCUACAUCUGGGGGAUGGAGAAGGCCUACAUGUGCAGCGCUUGCAAGUUGAUAUGUCACAAGAAAUGCCUGAAAAAGAUCAUCACAGAUUGCUCUACACGCUGUGCCAGGCAGGAUGAGAGUGUACCUGGCUCCCUUCACUUUGGGGUGCAGGUGUGUGUCCUCACCAGUAAAGCCAACCCUGUGCCCAAGGUAGUGGAGAUGCUGCUAAUGCAUGUGGAGCUGAACGGCCUCUACACUGAGGGCAUUUAUCGCAAGUCGGGCUCAACCUGCCGCGCGAGGGAACUUCACCAGAUUCUGGAGACCAAUCCUGAGUCAGCGUGUUUAGAGAAUUACCCCAUCCACACCAUCACAGGUCUGAUGAAACGAUGGCUCAGAGAGCUGCCUGAUCCCCUCUUGACCUACUCCCUCUAUAGUGACUUUUUGCAUGCUGCAGAGCUGCCAGAGAAACCAGAGAGAAUCAGGGCUAUAUACCAAAAAGUUGACGAACUUCCUCCUUCUAAUUACAACACACUGGAGCGGCUUAUUUUUCACCUUGUUAGGGUGGCAAAGGAAGAAGAGCAUAAUAAAAUGUCAUCAAGCUCCCUUGCUAUUGUGUUUGCCCCCUGUAUCUUGCGCUCCCCUGACGCUGACGACCCCUUCCUUGGAAUGAGGGAUGUAGGCAAGGCUACACGGUGUGUGGAGACUCUGAUAUCCGAGCAGUUCAGACGCUACACGGAGAAGAUGCAGAAUAUCCAGGAGCUGGAAUAUGCAGAGGCCCUGGCUGUGAAUCAACUCAGACUCAAGAGGCAAAACACUGUUGUUGAAAAGCCCUCAGAAUUGACUGUUCCAGAGGAAUUAAGUACUAACGACAUGGAGAAGACGCUCAUCGAAAGGAUCAAAUCCAUCAAGCAGGAAAAGAUGGACUUGGCCUACAGGUUACCUGACCUGGAGCAGGAGCACUCUGACAACGAUAACCUGGACUCAUCCUCAUCAAUGAGCACAGAGAGCCUAGAGGAGCGUCUGAGGAGUCUGGAUUCGGAAGGAAAGGUGACGAUGCGAACUCAGAGCCAGAAACCCGACUGCCCACCGAAACCUCCUGACCUGGCACAGAGAGUCAGAAGCCUGAUGGCUCAGUCAAUGGACAAACAAUUGGAGUUCACAUCGGGACAAAAGAGAGAUGUCACUCAAUCCAUGUGCUUCCUGCCCAGCCAAGACCACCCCUCUGCAACCAGCGAGCCUCGGGUCACCAGCAGCACUUUCAAUGGGAGCUUUGACGACCUGGACAUCCCAUACAUAGAUGAAGAUGAGGAGCCAAGUUGAGCGCCAACACCAGGAGUUCUUAUUAUAUAUUUGAAUAUGUGUGUGUGUAUGUGUUCAUAGAAGACUUGUUACGGCAAAAAGAACUGUGCACUUUGCCGUACAGAUUUUCCAUUUGUCAGUGCUGCUAUGGAAACAAAGUGCCGUACGAAUUGAUGUUUAUUUAAGGGAUACAUUGUAUAGGGUCACUUCCUUCAGGGGUAUGAUUUGUUGCAGAUUUGAUCAAGAACUAUCAGCAAUAACUGUUCGUACUAUGAUUCUGUUCGAGGAAGUAUGACUGCCAGAUGGAAACAGUCGUACUUUGUCCACAUAUGAUCAGAUGAUUGAGGUCUGAUGUGAAUACCUGGUCUGAACUUGGUCUAAAUCUGUCUGUGUAUCACUAUGUGAUUUUAAACAUAAUUCAGGAUUGCACAGUACAUAUUUCAGAGAAGGUUUUUCUAUUGGAUAGUUUGUGUUAAGCUGCGUGUGUUGUCUUUAUAAACGAGUUGGGCAACAUAAUGAGGAGCAAUUCAGGAUUCAAGUACCUCCCAUACCAGUGGUUCAUACCCUGAGCUUGUUGACGAUGGCACAAAAAACGUUUUAUUUUUGUACAUAGAGAGACUCUUCCUUGUACAGACACUGUGACAUUGCAUUUUUUCAAACUAAUUGAAACUGCUCAUUUGUUUUGUCUGACUAUACUUUAUACUGACUGCUAUGAGUGAUCACUGUACCGACCUACGAAAGAAACAAUAAUAACGCUGCCCUUCUUGACUGAAUUUCUUUUCCCCAUGUUUUUCUUGGUUUCAAAAGGCUUUGCAGUCUCACCAAGUAAAUUUGUUAAUUGUGCAUGUACAUUUUGUUAAGGGGUUGCAAAUAUACAUUGUGGUGGAUGGCCUCUGA